GUCAUCAACCGACUUCUUCAGCACAAGAUCUUUUGAUGUGCCAGAGGGCCUCCACUUUCAGAUGUACUCCUAAAGACUGAAGGUCCCAGUAGUUCCAUACGGUACCGAGAGCUCGUCCCAUUUUUAUACACGGCAAACUUCGUUCCUCGAGUGAUCUACAUCCCGCGUCGAUGAGACUGAUCUACGUGCGGCACAUUUCCAUUCUGUUCGCAUAAGGAGGAAAUAAUUUGGGCUUUAGUCUGCGAUUUUCACUUUCAUGUCGCUUGGAAGAGUCAAAGAAAUGAGAAGAGCAGGUAUGAAACUUGACCGACAAUACGUGACAUUAGCAGCUUACCUCAGAAAAGUGCUUAUCAGAAUCACCUCAGCAUCAUCCACGGCCCAUUAUAAAUCUAUGAAAUUCGUUGACAUUUGGAGAAUUCCGGCUCUCCCCUUCUUAAUAGUAUAUAAUUCUCAUCCCAGGACGGCUUUCUUUCCCUCAGAUCACCAAGUUGACCAAUUCCUAUUUCUUACUGUCACGAGUGCUGGGUUACGUACUGCUUUCAGCACAAACCUUCAUUUAGCACUUCGUUCGUGUCUGUAACUCACCACAAAAGCUUUGGGGGAGAACCGAUCACUCACACUCGGCAAAAAUCUUAUAGGUCACACGAAUCUUAGAAUUGACUGGUGAAGACCUGAAUCCCCUGGCGCUGGUUCCCUCGUUCCUACAGGAUUUGUUUCAUCGGAUUUUGUUGGUGCCAGGAUUUUGACGAGACCCUCCAGCGGUCUCUUCCGGUCGAGCGAAGAUACAAUUCCCAGUACCCAAGAGACUAGCAACCAGCGUACCGUCCUGGCCUCUAAGAUGUUGACUGAAACCAGCCGCUUCGCUUCGCAGACUUGAAGAUCGAAGCUCCUAUGAUCUCUACGCUGGUCCUAAGAGCGAGCAAGACAGAAACAGUGAAUUCAUGAUGGCAGGUCAUUGACUUCUCCGCAUAAUAUUCUCGGCUUUUCAAAAGUCGUACGAGAAUCUUAUGACUGACAUUGACCAGAUUCUACAGAAGAGGCGAUUUCUGAAGAGCUCGGCUAGAUACUGCCAAGAGGCUCAAUGCAGACGAGAGAACCAUCCGCAAUUUGACCGGAUUUCGUCCGCUGAUCUGAGCAUACUCGAGGCGGCUGCCCUGCCGUCGCUGCGUCGUCAGUACAGAGAAGCAGGGCCGGGAGUGAGACGAGAACUAUAACACGCAUGGGACCGACGAGACCGUGAUCGAGGUCCGACGUUCCGCGCUCCGAUUCUCGCGAAGAUGUUCGUGCAGUUCAUCGAACGCGAGAGAGCAACGCCUCCCGUGACAGAAAGUCAUCAUCCUCGAGAAAUGGCGUUAUUGUCUCCGGCACAUCACCGCCCGCUCUGGUGCUCCAUUCCACCGCAUUAGAUCCACCGCCAGACCUCUCUCACGCUGCAGAGCUGGUGUCGUGGUCGAUCUGCAAUCCGAUUCCUGAGAGGGGUGACGGCUGCGCAUGCGACCAUGCCGCGAUCGCUAUUUGCACCGCCCCUGAUUCCAGUUGCCCCUGAUUUCGAAUGCCACCACGAUCACACAUCUGCAGAACCUGCAAAUUGCGUCGCGUCUCAAGAGUCGGACAAGCCCAGCAGCCGAACGUCGAGCCCCGAGCCCCUAAUCGAGCAAAUUAUCGCCAUCCUCGGCCCUUGGAUGUUCGUCUUCGUGUUAAUCCUCGUGGCGGCGUUCAUCAUCAGCCGGAGAGAUCGCGCCUGCUCGACCAUCGACACCGCCCCGAGCAAACCCGCGCGGCCCAGCGGGCGCCCCGUGCUCCCCGUGCCCCGGGCGACCCCCGCGCUGCCGAUCCGCAACGGGCUCGGCGCGCCGCGCAGCUUCAGCUACCAGGAGCUGAGCGAGGCGACGGGCGGGUUCGAUCUGAGGAACAAGCUGGGCGCGGGGGGUUUCGGGAGCGUGUACCGCGGGGUGCUGCCGGGAACCGGGACGGUGGUGGCCAUCAAGACGAUGGAUGAGGGCUCGGACCAGGGGGUCAAGGAGUUCCUGGCCGAGGUGCGCACCAUCAGCCGCGUGCGCCACCGGAACGUGGUGCAGCUGCUGGGCUGGUGCGGGCGCGAGCACCAUUUCAUGCUCGUGUACGAGUACAUGCCCAACGGGAGCCUGGACAAGGCGCUUUUCCGGCGGCCGACGUGUCGGCUGUCGUGGCGCCAGCGGUUCAAGAUCAUCUUCGGCAUCGCCGCCGCGCUGGACCAUCUGCACGAGGGCUGGCGGCACAAGGUCAUCCACCGCGACGUCAAGUCCAGCAACAUCAUGCUCGAUGCGCACUUCUGCGCCAAGCUCGGCGACUUCGGGCUCGCUCGCAUGAAUCCGCAUCAGAUGAGCUUGGCCACCACCAACCCCGCGGGCACCUUCGGCUACCUGGCCCCCGAAUCGGCCAUCUUCGGCAAAUUCACGGUGAAGUCGGACGUGUUCGCCUUCGGGGCUGUGGUGCUGGAGAUCGCGUGCGGGCGAGGCGCGCUGGAACCUCUGCUGCCGAAUGAGCAGUCGGUGCUCAAGGACUGGGUGGAUAAGGCGUUCAAGGAGGGCCAGCUGAUGCGCGUGGCCGAUCCCCGGCUCCAGGGCCAGUUCAAUUUUGGGCAGAUGCAGGCUGUGCUGUUGCUGGGGCUGGUCUGCUCGGCCAGCAAUCCGAAUGAUCGCCCCUCCAUGCGCCAAGUCCUGCAGGUUUUAGCGGGGGAAACUCCGAUGCUUCCGGUGUCCGUUUGCAAGCCUGCCAAGGGCAGAGAAGAGAGACGAGCGCCGAGCUCGGUUGCGGGCCCUUUAACGAUUUGCUCGACCCCAUGCACCUAGACGGCGAGGCUCAAGCCAUGGCCCGGAAAGCUCCUGACGGCUUCAUGAGGAGCAUUCUGAUCCAGCCUCGCUCGCUCCAGAUGCUUGAUGACUCUCGGCAGUCAUCCGAUCUGAGGUGAAGCAAGCAUCUCUCUUCAAGUAGGGCACCGUCUGGGCUGCUGUUGGGCUGUCCUAAGAACCUGACGCGGAGGUACAUUUCUGGACCAGCAAUAUUUAAAACCAAUGGUACAUAGAAAUUCGGGCACAUUCGAAGUGAUUUGGAAGCAAGGACACGAACAUUCAAGUAAGCAGAUUGAGUAUCACCGGAGAACUACGUUCAGGGGAUUCGAGGAAAAAGCUUGUAACAGGACACAAGAGCGCAACACAGCAGUUGGCGAAAUUUCAAGAGUGACUUUAGUACAUGAGUGGUAUUUUGUGAUGUAGUGGCCGUUUGUACAAUCGCCAUGGAAAAGCAAGAGAGCGCAUGCUGUGGAAAAGUUUCAGCAGACUUAGUAUAGCAAGUUCCAGAACACAAUAUUCCGACCUGGAUCAGAUUUGAUAUUUGAGCGUCGGAAAUGUUUACCUGUCGAGGAAUAGCCAUAAACGUGAAAAUUACAGCUAUUUGUCAUUUGGCUUAUGCGGCAUUUUAAGGAAUCUCCAAGGGUCUUGUUCCUAAAUUUAGAUCUUCCAUCGUCGGAAAACCCCCCACAUA